UAACGUAGUGGAUUUGGCAAAGCGUUCGACGAAGUUGUAAGGUAAAUUCAUUAGACCCUAUAAGCAGCUUCAUUCAUCGGGACAUCACAAACUUAACCGUGACUGUUACUGUUUCAGAACAUGGAUCUGCAAACCCAACUACUUAAGGCAGAUCGAGCUCUAAGUUCUGAUGAGGUUCAAUCGCUAGUGUUUCUUUGCACUGAUCUACUGAAAAAGGACCUACAGUCGGUGUCCUCGGCCAUGAAACUGUUCUCUCUGCUGUCGGAUAAAGGCUUAUUAUCAGCGCAGCAGCCUGACCUGCUGGUUGAAUUGCUCGACACCAUCCAGCGUCGACCCCUCAUCCGUGAACUUAAUCUCGGUGACCUACUGCCUAAAACCAGAUCCCUAAUUUCCCUAUACAGACACAUGCUCUAUGAUUUGUCUGAAAAUAUAACAGAAGAUGAGUUGAAAGAAAUCAAGUUCCUAUUGACUGAUCGUCUACCUCGAAGAAAACGGGAAUCUAUGACGACUUUGGAAGUCUUUCUGGAGAUGGAGCACAAGGAUUGCCUGAGCAGCACAAAUCUGGAUCUUCUGAAUACAAUUAUUGAGAAAGUCGUUCCAAUGCUGAAGAAAAAGAUCGAUCAGUUUGUGACAGCAAUGGAGAAUAGCCCUGUGACUGAACAGACAGAAUUUGAAAAGAUCAGACGUAGGUCGGCUUCUGACUAUCUACCCGGACACCAGGUUCCCUCUUUGGCCCCUGAGAGACCCGCCUCAUGUGGAGAAUUCGGAUCGGUGGAACCUCUCUUGCCACCCUCCUUCUAUGAGAGUAUUUCAGCUGAGAACAUCUCACUAGAUAUUCCAAUCGUCCAAGCAUCCACCAUUGGGAGACUUUCUGAAACGCUGGAGUGUCUAAGUGCCAAUGAGGACAACGCAAGUGCCAACAGCCAAGGCUACACCGACUCUCCUGCCAUCUCCAGCAGGGCAAGCGGAACCCUUGGCCCAGGACGAUCACAGACGGCAAACACAGCUACAGAGGUGCCUUUAGGACUGACUUCAAGGGCUCCGACCCAAACAAGCUACGGCGGAUUAGGAAAGUACCCCAUGAGGAGAGGAAAGAUGGGUGUCUGCCUCAUAAUUAACAAUGAAGACUUCACCCGAUCUUCACCAAAGCUGAAGAACAGAGAGGGAACACUGGUGGAUGAAAAUAGUCUGAGGAGCGUGUUUGAGUGGCUUGGCUUUCUGAUCCUGAUAGAGCGAGACUGCAGCAGGGCGCGCAUGCUGUCCGUGUUGCGUAACCUGGCCUCCAGUGACCACAGUCACGUGGACUGCCUGGUGUGCUGUGUCCUGAGCCACGGCAGGGAGGGCUGCGUGUACGGGGUGGACGGCUCCACGGUGAGACUCGGGGAGAUCACCGAACCCUUCAACGGUCUGCUGAGCUCCACGCUGAGGGAGAAACCCAAGAUCUUCUUCGUCCAAGCCUGCCAGGGCACCCUGGAGCAGCAGCCGGUGCCCAUCGAGUCUGACGGCUCCUGGUCCCGCUCUGGCCCCACUGGGGACUCCCUCUGCUGUGACGCCAGGGUGCCCAGGGACUCUAUUGCCUCGCACGCUGACUUCCUGAUAGGCAUGGCUACUGUACCCGACUUUGCCUCAUACAGAGACAGGCAACAAGGUACCUGGUACAUACAGUCGCUAUGCCAAAACCUCGUCCAGUUGGUACCAAGAGGUGUGGACUUGGUGUCCAUCCUGACCAAGGUGAAUGAUGAUGUCAGCAGGAAGACAGAUGUUUAUGGUUCCAGGAAGCAGAUGCCGCAGCCUGCUUUCUCUCUCAGGAAAGGGGUGUUUUUCCCCAUUCCUGACCAACCCCCCCCCCCCCCCUUCAAACUGAUCUGAAGAGUAAUAGUUAGCUGGUGUUUUGGGUACACUUAAAACAUUUAAAAAACUGUUAUUUUCUGGCAGCAGGGAUGCCGAAAAAUAUCUGUUGAGAAACAGAAAAGUACUGUAAGAUUAAAAACAUAAAUAAAUAAUAUAUUACUGUAUUUUUACCAGAAAUUUCCCUAUAAUUCCAUGAACUCUUUUACUUUUACCAUAUUUUAAUUGUUAGAAUAGAAAAAAGUUACACACUGAUACUAAUAGUAACAACCCUAUUCACAUUUCACCAGCAGACAGUGUAGGUAAGGUGUAGUCAUUGGGGAAGAGAGGUGGGAGAAGGGGACAUGGGACGAUAGGACGUGUUUAACUGUAUCAUUAACAGUAUUUUAAUGUAUUUGACAGUGAUAUAUUGACAUAACAAAAUAUAUUUUGAGUAAAAUUACAGAAAAUGCGUCUACUUUUGUCAUAAAAGAAUACAAUAUUUUUACGA